UUAUGGGGGCAAGUUUUGUCAUUUCUGCUCCUCUUACUUCCCAGUUGCAGCAAGCAAAAUCUUCCCUUCACCAACCAGACUUCUUUCAAAACCACUCCUCUUGGAGUAAUGAAGAGACCACCCUUCCGUGGGAAUUCUUUUCAUCCCAAUAAAGCCUGAAACUCCCUUCUUUUUAACUUUCUCCUUUUUCAUAUUUUGUUUAAACAAGUUUCAAUUUUUUUUCUUUCCUUUUUUUUUUUGUAGAUUAUUGAAUUAUUCUUAUUGAUGAGAAUGGCGCUUGAAUCCUCAAUUCUUAGCCAACCCACUUUCUUUUCUUCAAGAAAGUGCUCGUCUUUCAUGCUUUUCAAUCGAAAUUUGAAGUACCCAUCAAAGUUUUUAUCCAAAACUAAUCACUACCCAGCUCCUAUUAUCUCCAGCUUUCCCAAUCCCGAGGUUUUCAAAGCUUUUGGAUUUCGAAAAACUGGUAUUGUUGGAAGUCAGGCACGUCUGGGAUUGUUAAGUGAAGACAAUGGAGAUGUGGGAAAUAAUCAGAAUCUGAUUUUGGUGAAAAGGGGAAUUUUGGUAGCAAUGGUUUGCAGUGUAUUCGUCUUUGGUUGUAAACGAGUGUUUGCUGUCGAGGGAGUGGUUAAUGCUGGCUAUGGGGUGAUUGGGCAGUGCAUAUUGUUGUUGAGGAAUGCUUGGCCUAAGUUAUCUAUGCUUCUUAAAGUAUUCAAGGAGCAAGGUGUGGUUUUGACAGCGCUUCUGGGCCUGUCUGCCUUCUUCUCAAUGGCAGAGACUGCUAUAACUACAUUAUGGCCUUGGAAGGUACGUGAGCUGGCUGAAAAAGAGCCUGAAGAUGGUGUCUUCAAAAUGCUUCGCAGUGAUGUAACUCGAUUUCUCACAACCAUUCUUAUUGGCACCACUGUGGUCAAUAUUGGAGCAACUGCCCUAGUCACAGAUGCCGCAACGGCUAUAUUUGGGGAAGCUGGUGUUAGUGCGGCAACUGGAGUAAUGACCGUUGCUAUAUUGCUUCUCACUGAGAUCACUCCAAAGAGUAUAGCUGUUCACAAUCCCACAGAAGUUGCCAGAUUUGUGGUCAGGCCAGUGGCAUGGCUUUCUGUAAUACUGUAUCCAGUAGGAAGAGUUGUCACAUAUCUCUCAAUGGGAAUGCUCAAAAUUCUUGGUCUGAAAGGAAAAAGUGAACCUUAUGUUACUGAAGAUGAAUUGAAGCUAAUGUUACGAGGAGCAGAGUUGAGUGGAGCAAUAGAGGAGGAGGAGCAGGAUAUGAUUGAAAACGUGUUAGAGAUAAAAGAUACUCAUGUUAGAGAGGUGAUGACCCCUCUUGUUGAUGUGGUUGCAAUUGAUGCAAGCUCAACUCUUGUUGAAUUCCACAAUCUUUGGUUGACUCAUCAAUAUUCAAGGGUGCCUGUUUUUGAGCAGCGUGUUGACAAUAUAGUGGGUAUUGCAUAUGCUAUGGAUCUACUAGAUUAUGUUCCAAAGGGUGAGCUGCUAGAAAGUACUGCUGUAGGAGAUAUGGCUCACAAACCCGCAUACUUUGUGCCUGAUUCAAUGUCAGUCUGGAAUCUUCUUAGAGAGUUUCGCAUCAGGAAGGUUCACAUGGCUGUUGUUCUCAAUGAAUAUGGUGGAACUGUUGGAAUAGUUACCUUAGAAGAUGUGGUUGAGGAGAUUGUUGGUGAAAUUUUUGACGAAAGUGAUUCAAAAGAGGAAAUCCAGAAGAAAACCGGCUAUAUUGUAAUGCGAGCAGAGGGAAUCUUUGAUGUUGAUGCCAACACAUCUAUCGAUCAACUUUCUGAAGAUCUAAAUAUCAAAAUGCCAGAGGAACAUCAAUAUGAGACAGUGUCAGGUUUUGUAUGCGAGGCAUUUGGAUAUAUCCCGAGGACGGGUGAGAGUAUUAAGGUAGUCCUUGAAAAGGAAAAUCAAGAAGAAGAUGAUAAGAAUUCCGAAGCUGGAUCUGAUCGUCAAGAUUUGAAGGACAGGCAUCAAAUUUAUAAACUUGAGAUAUUAGCAGGAAAUGCUCGAAAAGUGAGUGCUGUUCGGUUUGAACGGAUAAACAAUGAGGAAGCACUAUUAGAUGCCACAGCAGUAACUCCAAUGGUUCCAAAAUUAAUGAAGAAGAAAUGGAGCAGUGAAGAAGACUCGAAUAAUGGUAACCAUGAUGAAGAUACACUUGAAAAGAGGCAAGAGGAUGAUCUCUCCGAUUACUAUGUAAUUUCUGAUUAUAAAGAGGAUAAUGAGAGUCCCACUGAACAGUAGUUAUAUUACAAUAUUUGUUCUCCCUUUACCCCCCCUGAACUCCCCCUUGUUCCACUUCCCAAUUUCUUACAGCUCCAUAAGAAGAGGUAUAAGACUAGAAAAACAGAAGAAAGAAACAAGAAUAUGAGAUAGACUAACAUUGUACAA